UCAUACAAUCUGUUAUAUGAAUGUGCUUGUGUGCCUUUCUCAGGAGCACUUUAAUUAUCAAACCAUAUCAAAGAACAAAAUUACAUUUUACAGGUUUGUUUUUACUGAAUAAGACACCCGGAAUGUUGAUGAAUAAAGGAUGUGAUGUACAAUAUGAACUAUGAAUGCUAAAACAUUGACUGUUAAAGAGCAUGCGAACGUCCCUUCUUUUUACUUCCCAGACAGUGCAGUGGGUCGGUUAAGUUGUGUGACACAAUUUGUUGACUUGUGUUUGCUUGGCACCGUGGGUGAGGUGGUUGUCUGGAUCGCUGCACGUGGAAAGCCGCUUCAACCAUCAAAAGGUUGUCUUAGAUUGAUUCUGACUACUAGCAAGUCAUGUUGCCAGCUUGUAUGUUAAAGGUUUCAUUACUUUGGAAGCAACUGGCGGGCCGGAUUCAAACGCUUCGUGGGCCGCAUGUGGCCCCCGGGCCGUAGUUUGCCCACCCCUGCCAUGUGAGGUCAGGUUGUGAACUACAGUACCUUUACAGUUAAAGGUACUGUAGUUCAACCCGGCUAGUAGAACCCGGCUCCGCACCAUGCGGUACAUUUGGCUAAGAGUCAGAACUCAGAGGGUCACUGGCUCUAGAACCCCAAGAGAAGGCAGCUUCAGAACCAGAGUUGGUUAACUGUAGAAAUAGUAGAACUCAGAAUGUCUCCAAUGGUGGAACCCAAAAUGUGGUCACCGAGAGAACCCAGUGUGAGCAGUUAGAGAAGCUAGAGAGUUUCCAGCUGCAGAACCUCCCGUGCAGUUGGGGUUAGAACCCAGAGUUGUGCGGUGAGAUGACAGCGUUUGUGCGUUGCUUCCACUUUGCGGCUGUGAGUGUUGUGUCAGGAAAAGGGAGAAGUUCUCAUCAAUAUUCCACGCCGUGGUUCUGCACAAUGCACUGAAAUCUCAGCCCGCUUUCACCUCUAAAUUAUUCACGCUCUGAAAUAUUUUCUUCCUCUGCCUCCUUUUUCUUUUUUUUUCAAGCUGCAGGAGGGACAGGAAGAAGGCGAGAGCCCACAAAGGAAGCGCAUAAGCGCACAAAGUGUCACAAUGCGUGCGGUACGCCGCUUCCCCGCUGAUGGAAGCACAUGACAGCAAAGCAACAUGUCCACGGUGUCCAUCGUCUACGUGACCAUGAAGUGGUCCAACUUUGGAUUGAGAAGGUCAUCAAAGCGGCUGAGGAUGAGGAAGAUGAUGAAGGCGGACGAGCCUCCUCUCUCAGCUCGUGACGCACGCGGGCGCAUCCUCGCACGUGAACGCGCCUCAGCGGGCAGAAGCACACCGGAUCCUUCCUGAGCGGGAGAGCUUCUGUCUUUGCAGAGCUCGUCUUCUCAGGAGCUACCGUGGACCGGACUCCCGAGUGUCGUCCAGCUUGUUGCCGUGGGAAUGCUUCUUGGAGCCUGCUGACUUUUUUGGGGGGGCUCCAGCUGCGUAAAGACUGCACAUGCACUCCACCAAGAACCAAGCAGGAAGCGCAGAAGGAACCUGUGACCUCCGACCGCUACAUCAGGAGGAGGCGAGCGCACGUGUCAUGCAGGCCUGUUGAUGGAGAGCAUUUCGAAUGUCAGCCGGGACAGUGGUCAUCGCAGGAGGAAUUCUGGCUGCCGUCAUCUUGCUGACCAUCGUGGCCGUGCUGUGCUUAUGUAGGUUGCAGUAUUACUGCUGUAAGAAGGAGGAGUCCGAGAAGGGGGAGGAGGAAGAACCGGAGCUGUCCACCAUGUCGCCUUCCCACCCUCUGGCUCUGUCGGCUCCUCCGACGCCGCCGACCCCGGAGCGUUACAGCGACGAGGCAGAGACGUACCCGCCCACCUUCCUGACCGAGGCCAACGGACCCGCCAGCUACUCGCCGCCACCGCCGCCGCUGCGCAGGUGCCAUCGGCCGCACGCCUUCUGCCCGUCGUGCGCCCGCUGCACGCUGCCCUUUUACCUGCAGCACCCCGAGAGGCUGUGCAAUGGCGGGCGGCGGUCGGGCUACCGCAACGUGCACCAAGACCCGGAGGUGCCCUCGGACCUGGCCGGCUUCUACCGGAAGCUGGACCUCAUCCGCACGGUCGCCACGCGGGAGACGGUCACGCGCAGCGUCAGCACCGACGUGUAGCGAGGCGCUACAAGCUAGUCUGACAACACUGAGGGCUGCGGCCAUGUUGGAUUCUUGUGUGACGCACGCUGACUUCAGCAAACUCUCACGUUUGCGCUAACGUGACGCUUGUUCAUCUGCCCGUCAAGUCGCUCACUUUGCAACUUUUCUUUUCUUCCACCACAAAAGCUAUAUUUACCAUUUCACGUAUAUUAAAGUAUGUGUACCCUAAGAGUACUACUGUGUAGCAAACACUACACCAGUACAUACUGUAGAUGUUCACUCCUGCUUCACACGUGUACUCUACGUCUUCUUAUUGCGUCAUGCCUCACCUAACACAACCUAUUUCAUUGAUUAUGUUCACCAUGGUUUCACUUGGCAAUGCAGGUUACAAUGUGACCAGCAUGUCUUUCAUGCAUUUAGGCGGAUUAUGCAAAUCAUUUCCAAAAAAUUACAUUCAUAAAUAUGAAAUUAUAUAACAUAUAAGAUAGAGAUAUUGGAUGUGAGAUAUUAGUAAGCUUUUGGCACAAUAUUAGUGAUAUCACUGAAAUAUUACUGAGAUAGUGGAGAGAUUUUGGCACAAUAUCAAUGAUAUCGCUGAAAUCUCAGUGGUAUAUGAGGGGAAUUUUGAUUUUGGCACAAUAUCAACGAUAUCACUGAAAUAUUACUGAGCUAUGAGUGAGAUUUUGGCACGAUAGCAAUGAUACCGCCGAAAUCUUAGUGAUGUAUAAGCAACAUUUUCGCAAGAUACGAAUGAUAUCACUGAAAUUUUAGUGAGAUAUUUGGCAAAAUAUCAGAGAUAUCACUGAAAUAUUAGUGAAGCAUUAGUAAGAUUUUGGCAAGAUAUCAAUGAUAUCACUGAAAUAAUAGUGAGAUAUUAGGGAAAAUUUGGCAAGGUAGUCAUGAUAUCAUUGAAAUAUUAGUCAUACUUUGUCAAUAUAUCAGUAAUAUCACUGAAAUAUCAGUGAUAUUUUGGCAAGAUAUCAAUGAUAUCACUAAAUAUAAUACUAGUAAGCAAUUUGUGAUAUCACUGAAAUAUUUGUGAAAUAUUAGUGCGGUAUUAAUAACAUUUUGUCACAUUAUCAGUGAUAUCACUGAAAUAUUUCUGCGAUCUUAGUGAGAUUUUGAAAAGAUAUCAGUGAUAUCACUGACAUCAGCGCUAUAUUAGUAAGAUUUUGACAUGCGAUUAGUGAUAUCACUGAAAAAUUUGUGAGAUAUUAGUAAGAUUUUGACAUGCGAUUACUGAUAUCACUGAAAUAUUUUUUAGAUAUUAGUAAGAUUUUGACAAUAUAUCACUGAUAUAUUAGUGAGGUGUCAGUAAUAUUUUGGUCAAGAUAUCAGUGAUAUCGCUGAAAAAUUUGUGAGAAAUUAAGUACGAUUUUGACAAGCAAAUAGUGAUAUCACUGAAAUAUUAGUGAGAUAUUAGUGAUAUUUUGUCAAGAUAUCAGGGAUAUCACUGAAAUAUUACUGAAACAGUUGUGAGAUAUUAGUAAGUUUUUGAUAAGCAAUUGGUGAUAUCACUGAAAUAUUUUUGAGCCAUAAGUAAGAUUUUGACAAGGUAUCAGCAACAUCACUGAACUAUUAGUGAGAUACCAGUAAAAUGUUGACACAAAAUCAGUGAUAUCACUAAAAUAUGAGCGAGAUAUUAGUACGAUUUUGACAGAUAUCAGUGAUAUCACUGAAAUAUUAGCGAGAUAUUAGUAAGAUUUUGACAGAUAUCAGUGAUAUCACUGAAAUAUUAGUGAUACAAUAUAAAGUGAUAUAUAACAUUUAUAUACAGUAUAUACAAAUUAUAUUAAAAUUCAUUUUAAAUUAAUUUUAUAUUUUUGAAAUGAAUUUCACCAGCACAAAUGACUAAUAUGGACACACUCGUUGUAAUCUAACAAGGUAAAACAUACAUGAAAAAUUUCUAUAAAUAACCUAUUAUGAUGAUUUUUGUUAGUGUUAUGAGAUCAGUCUAUGUGUUAUGCUUAUGACAAAAACCCACUCCUGCACUUGUGUCUGUAUGCCUUUGAGUUGCUAAUAAAAGGGCUUUGUCUCUGAGCGAGACACACCGUGACCUUGCUGACGUCGAAGGCUCGCUUCGGAUGGACGGCUGUCCCUUGCAAACACCACUUCAGACCAGGCCAGCUCCUUUGUUGUCUUUAUUAUCGGCACUGUGUUUUGUACAAAGAGGUAUCAGUUAUAUAAAAGACAGUACACGCCAAAGGUCAACGCGCGACGUAUACGCACGCGUAUGAAUACAUUUCAAGUGUCAGGAAUCAUCAUGGUCUCCUCUGUCAGCCGUCGUUUGGCCCGAUGAAGGCGCAUCGGGAGGUCGCGAUACAUGCAAAAUGUGCUGUGACUAAUAAAUACGCUUCCGUGCACAUUUCACUUCCUGUCGUCAUUAAAUAAUAUUUGAAUGUCAGACUUCCUCAUUCUUCAUCAUGAUCAUCAUCGUCAUCCCCAGCAGGAGGCCUGUUGUGAGGGUUUGGGGGACAAGACAGUUCAAUGUUUGUCUGCUGUUGAUGUGAAGGUGGUACAUUGCAAGGACGUCAGUGUCUGGGGGUCGCCCCGACGACGGCGCUCAUACUUUUAGUCGUCUUAGACAAUGUAAACGUUCCACUCGGGCUACCUGAUGAAAGAGUUGGUACCGCCUCACG